GGGAAGAGGAUGUAAUGCUUUCCUCGUUAUAAGCUGAAGCCUGAUGUUCUUGUGUACAUGGUGUAUAGGCCAGUACCAUUUGAGCUGUUAUGUACUAGAAUGUUGGCGGAACAUUUAUAUAUUCUGCAAGAAUGUGUCAUGAUCACCAUGCUCCCAAUACCACGGAUAAUCAUGUGCAGUGAUUUAUUUAUCGGUUAAACGGGAUGUGUAAGAAUAUUUCGAUGUGACGGUGAGCGAAUACAACAAUGCGGUGAUGUUUGUAUAUUAGGAUAGGAAGCCAUUGGAUGUUCCAUAUCAUUAACCUUAUAUUCAUUUACAUCCACUAGCAGAGUUUUGUUUUACUUCCAGAGGAUGAAAUAAAAGCUUAUUGUAGCUUGUUUGUGACAUGUAUUGUGAAUACGAUAAGCAGUAGAGGAGGAUUUUGUUUCCAUUAGGAAGGCGAAUAAGGAUCAUCGUAGCUUGUUCCACAUGCGACUUUAUUUCUUAUGCCGUGAUGAUAAUGAGCGAACUCGAAUGUUUAUGGCUAAGGGCUUUAAGCAAAGCAGUCGAGGUUUUAUCUUGUGUUGGAUCGAGAUGAGAAAGUCAGCAUCAUUUCGUGUUUAAGACGAUGCCAAGAUAAUGAGUGAAAGUCAAUGUCCCGGAUGUAAAAGAGCCCAGCUUUCAGCGAACAUUUCUAUUUGAAAAAGAUAUGUUAAAUGGAGCGGGACGAGAAAAUCAGCAUCCCUUUGCGUUUGCAAUUACGUGCCCUGUGAUUCUACUCCUGUCAUAGAAAGAAUGAUAGACUGUAUUUUGAUUACUGAAGGAGAAGCAUGAACAUAUCGUUACAAAUGCUUCCUGCAACUAUGCUCAUGAUGAUAAUGUUUUACUGACUGAUGCAGUAACAGAGGGGAGAAGAGACGGUCAGGUACUCUUUUAGCGAACGCAAGAGACUCAGUGUUGAUUUUCUUUUCUUUGAAAGGAUCUAAACGUGCUUUAGAUCGAUCAUGUAAGGGGAUGACCUCAUCUGUUGUCAGAAUCUGCCAAGAUUUCCUUGAUCGAGUAUCUCCCGGAUUAUAAAGAACUUCAGAAGAGCCCUCGACGAUGUUGACCUCAUCAACAUAUUCCCAUUGGACUCCUUUAAUGUCAUCCUCCGAGACGUCACCUCACUCGAAUCCGAAUCAAUGACUAACAAUCUUCGAAAACAAGUCUAUGAGGACCUCUUCCAUUCCCUCGACGAUAUCCAUCCGUCAUCACUGACCUCCGGUUGAGGGCUGUGGUUGCAAUCAAUUGAGAGAAUGAAAUGGCAGAGCAUCUUUCUUCUGAUGUGCGUGGUGAGUACAGCCAUUCUGAUGACGUACAUGACAAAGCUCUAUGAUCCACCUCAGGCCCACUUCACUAACAUUGCUGCACCUACUCACGGAGCUCCCAUCCGCAGAUCCUGGCCUCCUGCCGUUUGGUGGCGCUCUAGGUCGUCCAACUCCAAGGGUUCGGUUUCCAAGGGAAAGAACACUGCGAACGAGCUGAUCCUUUCUGCUACACCUUCAUCUCUGCCGGAAAACGUCACUGGUGACGUCAUUCCACCUAUUGCCUUCGAUGCCAACACCACCUAUACGAUAAAACAGGAUGAUCAAGAGAAGACAGGAGACCCAACGUCCUGUACUCACCAGGACAAUGUAGUUUUCAUCAAGACACACAAAACAGGGAGUACAAGUCUUAGUCACAUUGUCAACCGCUACGGGUUCUCCCACAACUUGUCUUUUGUCUUCAACCGUCUUAGCCCUGGGAAUGGACACCUGGUUUACCUCCCCCUCAAUGUCAACUCACCCCGGACGCACUUUCUCCCUCCCAUAGGGGUUAAACCGGGGGACUUCUCCAAGUACAAGUACAACAUGCUUGCGGUACAUGUGCGCUACGACCGCAAGGCAAUGAAUACCUUUAUGAAACCAAACACUCAUUACAUAACCAUCAUCCGGGACCCUGGGACGCAGUUCGAGUCAGCUUUCACGCAUUUCCAGUUGGACGAUUCUUUCCUCGUGCAUGAGAAGGUUCAUACCACAAUGCAGGCGCGAUUGACGCAGUUUUUUGCGAAGCCAGACUUUUACCGGAAGCGUCUGAAGUCUAUGACCUGGGAAGGGAAAAUGGGACUGAGGUGGUAUUAUGCGAAGAACAACCAAGUAUUUGACCUUGGUUUGGAUCACGUGUAUCAUAGUGAUAAAAACAAAGUGCAAGAGUAUAUCAAUAAAUUGGAUCGCGAGUUCAGUUUAGUCUUGAUUACUGAGUACUUUGAGGAAUCUCUGGUGGUUAUGAGGAGAUUUUUCUGUUGGAGUCUACAGGACACCCUCUACGUCGCAAAGAACGUUCGACCAAAUCCAGCAAAUGUACCAGAGUCUUUACGAAAUAAGAUGAGGCAAUGGAACAGUGUCGAUACUCGGCUGUAUGAACACUUCAACCGUACACUGUGGGAAAAGAUCAAGAAAUAUGGUCCUGAUUUCCAGACUGACCUUUCAGAAUUUCGCAGACGUUUGAAGGAGACCUUCGAGUCGUGUGUGGGUGAGACUGAAGUCAAGGCGCAGGGACAUUACUUCCACUGGAUAGAGUACAAACCACGCAGUGAUUCAAAUAAGCUCUGUGCGCAGAUCGCAGAAUCAAAGCGUACCCUCUUCUCUGCCAUAUGGCGAAGGCAACAGUUACCGAAAGCUCGGUCAGCUCCUAGACCUCGACCACACGUUGGGCAGCCAUUCGAUAUGCAGCAGUUUCGGCGUUAUCCGUCUGCGAAGUACAUGCUCAAUCGCCCAAAGCCACCGAAACCGAUUAAGUCUGCUCCUAAAGCGGUGCCUAAAGCAAAACCUGUAAGCAAAGCAGAAGGAUCGCUACCGAAGGCCAAACCUUUACCUCCGCAACCCGCACCAAAAAUUAUCAGGCAUGUUGUCGUUGACAACAAAACAUCGAAUUCACAUCCCGGAACUGACGAUUUCAAUGAUGAUGAUUCCAGUAGUGUCCUAGUUGUGCACGAAACCGCCCAGAAGUUAAGCGAAAAGUUGAAGUCUAAGAGACUGCCAAAUGUGACAGCUGAAGGCACAAGAGUAAAACCAGUACUCACGUAUAAGAAAAAUACAUGAAGCUCAAGAAAGUGAGACUUUAGCUUAAACCUCGACGUCCUCAUGAUGGGGUAAAAAAUGAACAUUUUACUUGUUACGUACCGACAACGUCUCAUGUCCCCUGAUAUAUUCGAUUAGCCUACCGAGUGAUGUCACUUUUAAGUGAAUUUUUUGUUUUAGUGAAUGUUUUUUGUUUGAGUGAAUGUUUCACAUGAAUAGGUCGUCUGCAUACAAUGCGGUGCUAUUAAGAUGCAAAUCUUUCAGUAUUUUGCUUCCUGUUGGAAAAUGGUUGUUGUAGAUUAUUUACAGAGAUAUGUAUAGUUUUACCAAGAAAAAAACUGCUGAAUUAAGAAAAUGCAUAUAAAAUAGUUCAAAUAGUGUAUAAGACAAUUUAUCAACGAAUUUGAUAAAAUCAUUUACAUAUCUUGCCUAUACUACAGUUAUAUAUAUUUCUUUAGAAAGCCGUGAAGCAAGCUGUAACUUUGACCUUCUGACUCAGUAUUACUUUGGAUGUUUGAGGCUAUAUCAUCAGUCAGCCUACAUAGCAACUAAAAUAAAGAAAACAAAGACAGGGUGAAAUAUUUUGUUAUUAUUAUUUCAUGGAAAAUACAGGGUUGUGACAUUAUCGUUUUAAUACACUUUAUCCACGCUGUGAUGCAGAAUCUCAAAACUUUGUUUCCAUCUGUUUAGUGAAGUAUCAUAAAGGCACCAAGUCGUGCGAUGGUUCCAUGUGUAAAAUAACUGACAUUUAUAUCAUAAGAAGGGCCACAGCC